AUGCCGCGAGCGUCGACGAGGUCGACCCGGUCCUCGACAGGCGCCACCACCAAAUUCUGCCGGGAACGCGCGCAUCGACAGCAUUCCCGCGCCUCCAUUCAGCCGAUAAACAUCCGAUGUCCCCGACGAGGGCUCCCGACAAUGCGCUGCGCGGCUCAAGCCUGCUGCUACGAGCCGACCUCGGUCAAAAAAUCCACCACCGCCGCCGCCGCCACGGCCUCCGACUUCGACGAGGACGACUUCAACACCGAGUUCGUGCGCUGCGUGCUGCGCGUGAUGCCCAUCAAGAAGAGCGAAGGGGUGGGCGAGAAGACGGUGCGCUUCAUCGGCCUGUUCCUGCGCCACGCCAUCGACAAGGACAACGAGGCCGUCGGCGGGCUCGACGAGGAUGCUAGCACCAUGCUCGAGACCCCCGGCACGCGCCUGACGACCCAUCUUAUGGAGAUGGUCCUGCCGCUGCUGGCUGCCAAGGACAAGUUUGUGCGCUACCGCUCGACCCAGCUCAUCUCGCACAUCAUCAACUCGUUAGAGGCCAUCGAUGACGAUUUGUUUCAAAAGUUGCGCGCGGGGCUGCUGAAGAGGAUUCGGGAUAAGGAGGCCAUGGUGCGCGUGCAGGCUGUUUUGGGGCUGGGUCAGCUGGCGGGGAAUGAGGUGGAGGCGGAGCCGGAUUCGGACGAUAGCGACGACCACGGUGGGAGCGGGUUGCUGGAGAGGUUGUUGGAGGUGUUGCAGAAUGAUCCCAGCGCGGACACCAAGACGCGGCUGACGCGCCGUUCUGUGUACUCGCGACUACUGCCAGCUCUGGGGGAUUUCCGCCAUCUUUCGCUUUCGAUGAGAGAGAAGCUCUUGAGAUGGGGCCUACGCGACAGAGACGAGAAUGUGCGCAAGGCCGCCGGUCGUCUUUUCCGCGAGCGGUGGAUCGAGGAUUGCGCCGGCACACUGCCUCCGGCCGAAAGCGGGCAGCAAGCCGAAGUCUCGCCACCUAAUCUCGACGCCCUACUCGAGCUUCUGGAGCGGAUCGACGUGGUUAAUUCUGGCGGCGAGAACGGGGUAGGCUUGGAGGCCAUGAAGGGGUUCUGGGAGGGCCGCCCUGAUUAUAGGGAGGCUAUGGUCUUCGAUGACAACUUCUUCGAGACGCUGAGUGCCGAGUCCGUGUUUGUGGUCCGGACCUUCAAUGACUUUUGCCGGAAUGAGGGCGACGGCAGAUAUGAAGCGCUGAUCGAAGACAAGCUGCCCGAGGUCACAAAGGUGGCCUUCUACCUGGAGCGGUAUAUCAAGGUGUUGAUUGACGCCAUACAGAGGGCGGAGGAGCAGGAGGUUGAGGACGAAGACGAGGAAGAGGACACGGCGGAGCAGGAGUUCAUAGUAGAACAACUGCUCUACAUUGCUCUCACCCUCGACUAUUCCGACGAGGUUGGUCGCCGCAAGAUGUUUUCCCUCCUUCGGCAGACCCUAUCCAUCCCGGAGCUGCCGGACGACGUGACAAAACUCACGGUUUCUGCGUUGCGGGAUAUCUGCGCUCCGGACGCGGCCGGCGAGAAGGAAUUCUGCAGCAUCGUUCUUGAAGCCGUCGCUGACGUCCACGAUACCAUUGUCGACGACGACUUGCCCGAGAACGACGACGAGAGCUUUCAUUCAGCUAGGUCCGAGGUCAGUGGCGACACUACUCCCACUAAGAGCGGCAAGAGUAGGACUCCUGAGCUUUCCGAGGAAGAAGCCACCAAGAAGGCUAUCAAGGAGAUCAUGAUCAACAUGAAGUGCCUGCAUAUUGUGCAGUGCAUGCUCUCCAACGUGACCGGUGAACUGCAGCAAAACGAUAAUCUCGUGUCCAUGCUCAACAACCUCGUCGUCCCCGCCGUCCGCAGCCACGAGGCACCCGUCCGCGAACGCGGCUUUGUCUGUCUAGGGCUGUGCUCCCUUCUCGACCGCUCCCUCGCCGAGGAGAACCUCACCCUCUUCAUUCACUUCUUCAGCAAGGGCCACACGGAGCUGCAGAUCACCGCCCUGCACAUCCUCACUGACAUCCUGAACGUACACGGCGCCCAACUUCUGUCUUCCAACCCGACCCUGCUCAAGGUUUACAUCAAGGCCCUUCGUUCGGGCGCAAAGCACCCCGAGGUCCAGGCGGCGGCGACUGUUGCCGCGUCAAAGCUGCUACUGGGCCGCGUGGUCAACGACCACGACGUAUCCGCCGAGCUGCUCAAGACUCUGGUGAUCGCCUACUUCGAGCCCGCCUCCGCCGGCAACCAGAGCGUGCGCCAGGCGCUCAACUACUUCCUGCCCGUCUUCUGCUACUCGCGGCGCCGAGAACCAAGACCUAAUGCGUUGCGUCGCGCUGGAUGCCCUGCACACGCUCUACAACGUACGCGAGGCUUCGACGACGACGACCGCCGACAUCGAGGACGAGAUGGUCUCGCUGACCACCAUCGGCGCGUGCCUGUCGAUUGGACUGAUCCGAAGAAAAAGAAAGAAAAGAAGAUCAUCGCCGCCCUGCUCGGCAAGCUCUACGUUUCGCCCGCGUCAUCCGAGAUCAAGUCCCGCGAGAUCUACGCCGUUAUUUGCGAUGCCGUGGACAACCAGCUGCUGUCCGACACUGCGAGCCGGAACGCCCUCUACAAAAUCCACGUCAGCCUGGGCAAAAUCGUCAACACCCUCGACGCCGCUGUCGAGGGGGCUGGUGCCGCGGGUGGAAGGUACCGCCGCAGCGUGAGCCGCGCCAGUUCGGUCGGGUUCGAUGCUCCGGGUACUAGCACGCGGCCGACUCCCUCGGAGGAGAGGACGGUGCAGCAUGAGGUACAGAUUAAGGAGGAGGAGGAGGACUCUGAUGCUGCGACCGUGAUACACAGGUCGACGGAGCAGAGUCUGGUUGAUGAGCUUUUGUCGGAGGAAGAGGAGUUGUGA